GUGAGAGAAUUUGGAAGGACUGUUGAGUCCUAUCUCCACAUCAGCAUCAUAGAGUUCAUACUGAGGAAAAAUACUACAAAUGACAGACUGUGGCAGUCCUCUAGCUGGAAGUCAUAACUUGCUCAAACUCAUCCUUAAUCAUACAGGAGCAAAACCAUAACAUGUCAAGAACGUGGCCACGCCUUUAAGUGGAAUUCAAUCCUUAUUUGUUGUCCAAAAAUAUAGGCUUGGUUCAAAAUGUACAAACGUAAUGAAUGAGGAAAGACAUUCUCUUACAAUUUAGAAAUCAUUUUAGAGUUCAGAGAAGAAAAGCAACUUGAAAGAUAGGAGUAUAUAGAAACGUAUUUAAUUGAACAUCAAAUGUCAAAUAUAUGUCACAGAAUUCAUAGUGAAAGCAGUACAUCAGUCACUCCAGAGAUGGCAUCAGAAGGAAUAAUAUAAGGUUUGUCAGUUAGAUAAUGUAUAUGCUAUUCUUCAAAAGAUGGGAGGGAUUUUUGCAUGGGUGUAAUUUGAGUGUUUGUGUGUUUCCAUUGAGAUUUGUGACUUGCGAAUAUCGGUGUGUUUCUACUCUCACAACUCUUCAGAAAAUUCAUUUAUUCCUGGUGGGUGUAUGAAACUGUAGGUAUGGUUGUUGUGUCAAAGAUAAGAGAUGCCCUUUUGCCUUAGGUGGGAUCCAUGCAUAUCUAUUUUCCGUGGAAAAUGAAGGACAAUAGAACAUAAAAUAUAUGAAAAAAAUCUAAAUGGGUAUUCUUUUUGUGGUUCUAGCAUUGAUAGAGGUCAUCAUGAAGUUGGUGUUCAGAACAUCAUUCUCUGUUUAUCAGAACUAAUGAAAAUUGUGUCUGUUACAAAUUAAAUGUUUUACUAAUUGGUCUUGAAGAGAAGAGAAUGGCAGUGUAGUAAACUACUGAUGUAUCUUCAUCAUAGUAAUCAUUAGUAUGAACUGAUGUGGUUUAAAUGAAGACAUUCUUAUUUCAGGGAAUAUCUAACUCUUCCAUAAAAUGAGAUGCAGUUGUACAUCGGCGUUUUUAAUGAAUUACUGGAAUUCUGAAAGUGUUUUAGUAUUCAAACUUAAGCUGGAAUGAAGUUAAAAUAGACACCUAGAUGAUGUCUUCUUUAAGCCUCAUGGUACUCACAAAAUGAAAAAUGUAGUAGUAGAUACGGAAUGGGGAGGGAGAAAAUAAGCUAAGUAUAUACCCUUUCAGAAAAUCAUCAAAUCACAAAGAUAGUCAGUGAAUAAGAAAGGAUCCAAUAAUUCUACACAGCCAGAAAACCAAAGAAUGACAGCAGUAACUUCAUACUUGUGUUGUUCCUUGCUUUACAUAUAAAGGGACUAAGUUCUCCAAGCCAAAGAACGAGAUUGCCUGAAUGGAAAGAAAUACAACACCCAAAGAUAUACAGUCAUCAAGAGACACACUUCAUUUUUUAAAAAUUAUUUUCAUUGAGAAAGAGAACAGAGAAAACAAGAGAGAGCCCGAGAGGGGCCAGGUUCAGAGGGAGAAGCAGACUCCCUGAUAAGCUUGGAGCCCGAUAUGGGACUCGAUCCGGAGACUUCUGGAUCAUGACCUGAGCUGAAGGCAGACACUUAAUCGACUGAGGCACCCAGGCACCCUCACUUCAGCUGUAAGAACACAGUCAGACUGAACGUGCAGGUGUGGAGAAAGAUAUCCUAUGCAAAGGGAAUCCAAAAGAAAGCAUGAUAGCCAUGCUUCCAUCAGUUAACGUAAACUUUAACCAGAGAGAGUAGUAGAACAUGGCAAAGGUCAUUGUAAAAUAAGGGGCUGACUUUGUGCCGUGUUUUUAAUUGUAUGGUGUUUGGCAGAAUGUCAAGAAGGAUUUUCACCCAUUUUGGUUUUGGAAGUACAGGGUAAGUAGGAUGAUGUCACUUGGUGGUACUUACCACUUUCAAUACCAACACCUUUUUCCAUAAAUCUUGGUGGUGGUAGUCCACUUCCCUCAAAACAGCUAGUUACUUUCAGAACCACUUCUCUGUCUUUCUAGGGUUUGGAAAAAACAGCAGUGGACAGCAACUUGAGAGAGACCUAUUGCUUUCAGAUUCUGACGUGUGUGGAAAAACAGGUGCAGUGAAAAUCUUGGCAAUUGACUGUACCAAGUAGCCGGUAGUUUCUCAGACAUAACUCGUCCAGGCGCAUAAAUGUGUCCCACAGUUUUCGGUUGUCUACCGUCUUGCUAUGAAACAUUGCAUAGUGAUGCAGUGGGGGCAGGUGAAGCCACAGGGUUUAACGGAGUCCACAGAGUGUGGGGGCUUGGGGAAACAGAGCCACAGGGGAAGACAAUAGGACUUGUGUUAGUUUUCUAGGGCUGCUGGAACAUUAGCACAACUGGGGGGCUAAACAAGCCCCCAAAUUCUGGCUCUCACUUCUGGAAGUUCUUAGGUGUCUGAAGUCAAGCUGUUGGCAGAGCCACGCUUUAUACCUGGAAUUGAAUCAUUCCUCUUUCUGACUUCUGGGGACUGUCAGCUCUCCUUGAUCUUCCUGGGCUGGUGGAUGGAUCUCUGUCUCUGGCUUCAUCACCACACAGUGUUGUGUGUCUAACUUCCCUCGUCUCAUUAGGACAGCAGUCAUUGAAUUCGGGUUUACCUGACCCAGUAUGACCUCAUUUUAGCUUGACUACAUCUGCAAAGAUCCUGUUGCCCCAGGAGGUUACAGUUACGGGUACUGAGGAUGAAGAGGUGAGCAUGUUUAUCUGAGGCAUUCUGUGUAACUCACAACAGGGCUGAAAGGUAGUAGGGAGUUAACUGUCAGUGAGGGAUUAAAGAGCACUACAGGUCUGAAGGUUGGGGAUGGGUAUAUGCAGGGAUAUUACUGAUAAUGAGGCAUAUGUGUGUUGAGAGAAUGAAACGGUGGAGGAAAAAUGGGGAGCAAGGGGAAAAUGGGUGAUGAAUUACUUGGCAAAAGGGAGUUGAAAGUCACAGGUGGGUAAAAGGCAGACAAAUCUUGUUGCUUAGGAAGGGUGAAAGAACAUAAGGAUGGAAGGGGGAUAGUGGCUUGUGAAUGGAGACCUGGGUGUGUUCAGUGCUCUGACCAGAGAUGAAUGGCGGGGGCAAAAGUUGAUGUUUGGGGAACAUAAUGGACACAGGGUUUAAUGUGGGUGGAGGGGAUGUUCACAGCUGGGAGAUGGGUGGGCGUCAAUAGGCUUAAGGGCCCAUUCGAAAAAGGGAGCAUAGGGUUGAGCAUAAUGGGUGUGGGGCUGUGAGGAAACUAAGGAGUCCUGGUAAAUGAUGACUCAGAUACUGAGGGCAGUGGAUAUAAAAGACACAAUAAAUGGGCUGAAGUUAUUAGAAUGAUGGGGUGGAGGGGAGAUAAAUGACCACGGAGGAGGAGGAAAGAAUGGAAGAUUCCAGGACAAUGGAUUUUGAAAUAAGGGCUCUAGAAUUAGGUGAAGAGGGGUUUAUUGGUGUAAAAGUCUAAAAUGCACAAUAUGAACGUGGAAGAGCGUGAGGAAACCUAGAGGGGUCAUUGGAAGGAGAGUGCUAGGGUUCAUGGAUAUUGACAGGUUGUGGAGAUUCAGGUCAGCAUGUGGCAUAAAGGCACAGAGUGAGGACAGAUAGAGCUCUGGGUGAUGGAUUUCUCUUGGAGGUCACUCAUUCAUUCUCUUCACUAAUUCCCUGAUUUGCAUUUGAAUCAUCAUUGUCUGCUGUUUCUAAUUUCAGUCCAUGAGGCAAUAACCUUACUUACAUAAAAUACUCAGUAAGCUUUUCGAUGGAGUAUACAGGUAAAAGUGAGAAUCAACAAUGAGAGUUAAUGUUUUCUCUUUCUGGGGAUAAUAUGGAGAAGCUGUGACCAUGGAGAGGGUACAUAUGAACAGGGAGAAGCAGGUGGAUGCUGUCAACACUCUCAGGACUCCUUGAGGUAGAUUCCCUGCUAGAGGGUACACAGACGGUGCAGUCCUUCCUGAAACCUUGAUUUUGACCUUGUUGGACCCUAAACAGAAAACUCAGCCAAGCCAACUGAAUUCAGACAUACAAAGAAUAGAGUGUUCUUUAUUAGCUCCUAAGUGUGUGAGAAUUGGUUACGAUAGAGAGAGAAAACAUCUACACAUAGGCAUAACUUGAACUGUAAAAUAAAAAAGAGACAAUAAAAACUUGGAAAGUAUUUAAAUAAAAUAAAAAUCCCCCUUAGUUGUCCCUAGUAGUGAUCACUUGAUCUUUAGACGUAACAGCUGGUCAGUUUGAGGUGUCCCCUCUUGCAAUUUCAGAGUAGAUGUGAAAUUCCAUUUGACAUUGUCUAAAACGCAGGCACUAAAAUACUCUGGUGUUACUUCAGUGUCCGUACAUAUUGUCACAUACUUCCUCUCCAUUGAAUUGUUUUCCUAAACCAAUGCUAUAUGAUGGCAGUGUUUUCCUGUUAGUAUAAAUGGAUUUACUGCAUUCCCAAAACAUCAUAUCCUGCGGUAAUUGUCAAUACGACAGCCUUGGCGAAAAACCCCUUGUUUUUGCACAUAUCUAGUUAAAUGCAUCUGUCUCCGGCUAGGACCCACAUCAUGAAAUGCCAAUCCUUUAUUUGUACACAGGUGACUUAACUGUGUGGUUCUGGGACACAAGAUUUUUGCACCUUCAUAUUUUUUUUUUUUAUUAAGAAUGUUUAUUUGAGAGAGAGCAGGAUCAGGUGGGAGGGCCAGAGAGGAAAGGAGAAGCAGAGUUGCUGAUGAGCUGGGAGCCAGAAGUGGGUCUCGAACCCAGGACCACAGCAUCCAGACCUGAGCCUAAGACAGAGCUCUACCACAUGAGCCACCCGGGCACUCUGUGACUGUGUUCUUACAGUGAGGGGACAAUUGUUGACCUAGCCUUGCAAAUCAAACACCAAAGCAAAACUAAGAAAGGUAAUAUCCUACCAACUGUGUUUCCACUGUUAAGGAAAUUACAGGGAAGCCGUUAGACUCCCGUGACUCUACUGUCUCUGUGGCAUGUGCAAGCAGCCCACGUGUUUGGUCAAUGCACUGGAAUGGAGGAAAAGGAACUCAACAGCUCCAGUCAACUAGGCCUUCCAGAAAGGAGGCAACUGCUUCAGGUGCAGCCCAUCAGAUACUGGCCUUGCUUUCCUUCCGUAGUGUGUCUGUGAACACCUCACUGCAAGCCCCACACGUGGAGCAUGCUUAACCGUUUGAAGAGACAAUUCACUGGUCAAAGUAAGUCUUGAAAAUUUGAAGGUACCUCCGUUAAUCUGUUACCACCACAUAGGACCACCUUUCAUCUUGAGCACUUCUCCUGUGGCCUAAACAUCGCGCCCAUGUUGUAAGUGGGCGGAAGACUCAACGUUACAGGUUUCCCUGUCCCACUCCGCCCACCAUUGCACAUGCGCACAGCACACCACUGCGACUCUGCCAAGCGACCCCAACCUUCACCCUUGGUAAUGACCACUCACCGCGCAUGGGCAGGAGUGUUUCCACCAAGUGCUACCCAUGCGCACGAAGGACUUGUGACACACACAGCCCCUUUCAGGGCCACAGCCUGCCGUCCUGUGCUUCUCCGUUCACCACCUCAGGUCUCCCGAGGACCACCUCCAGUGGCGUCUCAACCAAGCCCUGACAUCUGAGUUCCCAGUUUGGGCAAGCUGGGGCCUCCCACUGAGCAACGUUUUUAUCACACCCAGAGUUUUGGAUGGCCUCUCCGGUCCUGCCUUUCCUGGUACCCAAACUUCGCACAUGCGCAGGAGGAGAACACAGGCAAGACAUUUAUGGGUGAAGACGCCCUGUUGGGGGCUUUAAAGGCAUUUUCUCCUGCUACAGCUGUGAUUUCUCCUGGAAUCCUGAGCAAGAAGUCCGGAGGACGAGGUGAAGAAGAAAUGGCCAGUUCUCAGGGACUGCUGACAUUCAGGGACGUGGCCAUAGAAUUCUCCCAGGAGGAGUGGCGAUGCCUGAGCCACACACAGCGGGAACUGUACAGGGACGUGAUGCUGGAGAACUACGGACACCUCCUGUUCUUGGGUCUCAUUGUGUCGAAGCCUGAUUUGGUCUCCUUUUUGGAGCAGACGAAGGAGCUGUGGGAUGUGAAGAGAUGGAAGACAAUAGUCUUUGAUCCAGCGGUAUCUUCAUAUGGCGCCCUGAGCUUCCUGCCAGAGCCGUGCAAAGAAGCCUCGUUUCAAAAUAUGUCAGUCGGUCAUUAUAAACAUAGUGUCCUUGAGAAGUUACACUUAAUGAUAGACCGUGAUCAUGAUUGUAAAGGAUAUGUCCAAAUUGAGACUGCCGCCCAUAAUAAGACUCUCACUGCCCAAGAUGGCGAGGGAUAUAAAACAGUUUGUAAAACCCUCCGUCUUAACUCCACUCUUUCUGCAAAGCAGGGUGUUUCUGUAAGCAAUAGCUCCAAUCAGCUCUUGAAGCAUACAUGUACAUGGAAAGAGAACGUGGAAAAUCUGGAAAGUUACCUAGUCCAUGCUGAAAAUAAUGAUUUGAACAGUGUUGAAAAGAGGAUUGCAUUGAUCUCUCAGUCAAAUAUUUCUACACUUCAGAGGUUCAAAAAUGAAGAAACAACUGCUAAGUGGGGUCCACUUGAGAAGUCCCUCACCGAGGAGUCACCCCUACAAACUUACCCGGGCAUUUUCAGUGGAGACAGAAUUGCUCAAGGCAGUGAAUGUGAGAAAAAACUUCAUCAAGCCUCAAAUGUUAAGAAACAUCUGAGGACUCAUUUUCAAGAGAACAAUUUUGAACGUAUUAAGUGUGUGGACGUCUUUGAUCAAAGAUCCAACCUUAUAUAUAAUACUGUGCAUAUAAGAGAGAAUCCUCAUAAAGGUAACGAAUGUGAAAGAGAUUUUAACCAGUCCUCCAGUGUGGGUGAUCAUCAGAGAAUUAAUGUGGGAGCAAACCUAUACAGAUAUCAUAAGCCUGGGAACAUGUCUUGUGAGUCAUCAAGAAUACGUAUACGUAAGACAGUCUGUAGUGGAGAGAAACCUUACAAAUGUAAGGAAUGUGGGAAAGCCUUUAAGUAUCCAUCAAGCCUUACUAGGCAUCACAGAAUUCAUACUGGAGAGAAACCUUACAAAUGUGAAGAAUGUGGCAAAGCCUUUAAGGAUAAAUCAAGCCUUAGGAUCCAUGAGAGAAAUCAUACUGGAGAGACACCUUACAAAUGUGAAGAAUGUGGCAAAGCCUUUAAGGACAAAUCAAGCCUUAGGUUCCAUGAGAGAAAUCAUACUGGAGAGACACCUUACAAAUGUAAAGAAUGCAGCAAGGCCUUUAAGACGAAAUCAGUCCUUAGCAAGCAUGAGAGAAUUCAUGCUGGAGAGAAACCUUACAAAUGUAAAGAAUGUGGCAAGGCCUUUAUCCAUCAUUCAAGCUUUACUCAACAUAACAGAAUUCAUAGUGGAGAGAAACCUUACAAAUGUAACGAUUGUGGCAAAGCCUUUAGCCAGCAAUCACACCUUAAUACACAUCACAAUAUUCAUACUGGAGGAAAACCUUACAAAUGUAAUGAAUGUGGCAAGGCCUUUAGCUCUCCGUCAACCCUCACUCAACAUCACAGAAUUCAUACUGGUGACAAACCUUACAAAUGUAAAGACUGUGGCAAUGCCUUUGUCCGGCGGGCACACCUUACUCGACAUUACAGAAUCCAUACUGGGGAGAAACCUUAUGAAUGUAAAGAAUGUGGCAAGGCCUUUAUCGAUCAAUCAGGCCUUACCGAACAUCAUACAAUUCAUACUGGAGAGAAACCUUACAAAUGUAAAGAAUGUGGCAAAGCCUUUACCCGUCCAUCAAGCCUUACUGGGCAUCAUGGAAUUCAUACCGGAGAGAGACCUUACAAAUGUACAGACUGUGGCAGGGCCUUUACCUGUAAAUCAGCCCUUCGUCAACAUCACAGAAUUCAUACUGGAGAGAAACCUUAUAAAUGUAAGGAGUGUGGCAAGGCCUUUAGCUUUCAGUCAAGCUUCACUCAACAUGACAGAAUUCAUACUGGUGUGAAACCUUACAAAUGUAAAGAAUGUGGCAAGGCCUUUGUCCAGCACUCACACCUUACUCAGCAUCACAGAAUUCAUACUGGAGAGAAACCUUAUAAAUGUAAAGAAUGUGGCAAGCUCUUCAUCCUCCAUUCAGACCUUACUCAGCAUCAUAGAAUUCAUACUGGAGAGACACCUUACCAUUGUAAGGAAUGUGGCAGAGCCUUUAAGAAGCAAUCACAUCUUAUUCAACAUCACAGAAUUCAUACUGGAGAGAAAUCUUACAAGUGUAAAGAAUGUGGCAAAGCCUUUAACCACCAUGUACAACUAAGGCAACAUCACAGAAUCCAUACUGGAGAGAAACCUUAUAAAUGUGCAGAAUGUGGCAAGGCCUUUAUCCAUCAAUCAAGCCUUACUCAACAUCACAGCAUUCAUACUGGAGAGAAACUUUACAAAUGUAAAGAAUGUGGCAAGGCUUUUAACUGGCGCUCUGCCCUUAUUCCACAUUACAGAAUUCAUACUGGAGAGAAACCUUACAAAUGUAAAGAAUGUGGCAAGGCCUUUGUCCAGCAAUCAAGCUUUACACAACAUAAUAGAAUUCAUACUGGAGAGAAACCUUACAAAUGUAAAGAAUGUGGCAAGGCCUUUGUCCAGCAGUCCCACCUAAUUAUACAUCACAGAAUUCAUACUAGAGCAAGUGUUAGAAAUUUUAAGACUGAGAAUUUGUAAGGUUUGCUGAACCCUAACUCCACAUCCGAAUUCAUAUUGGUGUGGAACUAUACAUGGGUAGAGAAUGUGGCAAGGCCUUUAAUUAAUGCUAAACCCUCGUUCCUUAUCAGAAUGUCUAGUGGAGGUGAUUUAACAAGUGUAGAAAUUUGGCAAGCCCUUUCAUAGUGCUCAAGCCUCUUCCAGCAUUACAGAAUUCGUACUGCAGAGGAACCUUCUAAGUGUAAAGAAUGCGGUAAAGCUUUUGGACUGCUCAAGCCUUAGCAUCACUGAGUUCAUACUGAGGAAAAGUACUACAAAUGGAAAGAAUGUCGUGAACCUCUAGCUGGAAGUCAUAACUUGCUCAAACUCAUCUUUAUCAUACAAGAGCCAAAGUAACAUGUCAAGAAAGCGGCCAAGCCUUUAAGUGCAGUUCAAUCCUUACUGAGUAUCCAAAAAUGCAGCCUUGGUUCAUACUGUACAGACGUACUGAAUGAAGAAAGACUUUUUCUUCAUCAGAGAGUUCAGAGAAGAAAAGUAACUUGAAGGAUAAAAGUAUGUAGAAGUGUAUUUAAUUGAACAUCAAAUGUCAAUAAAUGUCAGAAUUUACAGUACAAAGCAGUAUAUCAGUCACUCUUCAUAGAUAACAUCAAGAGGAAUAGUACAAAGUUAGUCAGUUGGAUAAUGUAUAUGCUAUUCUGCUUCAAAAGAUGGAAGGGAUGGAUUUUUGCAUGGGUGUAAUUUCAGUGUGUGUGUGUUUCCAUUGACCCUAUAUGAGAUUUGUGAGUUGCGAUUAUCAGUGUGUUUCUGCUCUCACAACUCUACAGAAAAUUCAUUUAUUCCUGGUGGGUGUGUGAAACUACAUAGUCGUGAUUGUUGUGUCAAGGAUAAGAGAUGCCCUUCUUCCUUAGUUGGGAUCCAUGCAUAUCUAUUUUCCCAUGGAAGAUGAAGGACAAUAGAACAUACAGUAUAUGAAAAAAAUCUACAUGGAUAUUCUAUUUGUGGUUCUAACAUUGAUAUAGGUCAUCAUGAAGUGGGUGUUCAGAACAUCAUUCUCCGUUUAUUAAAACCAAAAAAACAUCUGAAUAUUACAAAUUAAAUGUUUUACUAAGUGGUCUUUAAGGAGAGAGAGAUGGCAGUGCAGUAAACUACUGAUGUAUCUUCAUCAUAGUAAUCGUUAGUAUGUACUGAUGUGGUUGAAAUGAAAACAUUCUUACAGAUUUCAGAGAAUAGCUAACUCUUCCCUAAAAUGAGAGGCAAUUGGACAUCAACAUUUUUAAAGAAUUACUAGAGUCCUGAAAGUGUUUCAGUAUGCAAAAUUAAGCUGGUUAAGAAGUUAAAAUAGACCGCUGUAAGAUAUCUUCUUUAAGCCUCAUGGUAAUGACAAAAUGAAAAAAUGUAGUAGAUAAGAGAAUUGAUAGGGAGAAAAUUAUCUAAAUAUACUCUUAUAGAAAAUCAUCAGUUCACAAAGAUAGCAAAUGAAUAAGAAAGGGACAAAUAAUUUUGAACAGCCAGAAAACAAAAGAAUGACAACAGUAACUCCACACUUGUAUUGAUACUUGCUUGAAAUAUAAAAGAACUAACUUCUCCAGUCCAAAGAUACAGAUUGCCUGAAUGGGAAGAAACCUAAGACCCAACCGUAUACAGUCUUCAAGAGACUCACUUCAACCUUAAGAACACACUGAGACUUAAAGGACACGUGGAAAAAGAUAUUCUAUGCAAAUGGAUUCGAAAAGAAAGCAGGAUAGCUAUGCUUCCAUCGUCAAAAUAAAUAAAUGUUAAGCCAGAGAGUGUAGUAAAACAGGGCAAAGGUCAUUAUAAAAUAAAGGGCUCACUUUGU